AUGACUAGUCUUACGAAAAGGCUUCAGGAUAAUCCAAGGGCUGCAUUAGAGCAGCAUAUAACCACACUGCAAAGUGAAUCAAAACUGGAAAGGAAACAUGCUUUACAGAAGAUUUAUGAAGAAAUUUUUGAAAACCCACAAAAUUCUGAUUGUGAUUUAACUGUAGUCUUUCCUGAUAUAUACGCUUAUGUGCUCAAAAGUUUCUUAGAUGAGUCAGAAGCUUGUAGAGAGAAGGCAAUUGCUAUCAUGUCUAACUUUAUUCAACAUUUACCUCUUAAUGAUUACUACCUUACGUAUAUAUUGCCUGUAAUUGUUCGACGCAUAGGUUGUCCGGAGAUCGUUGAAGAAUCUGAAGAAAUUCGCUUGGUUCUCAUUGAACUUGUCCACAUAAUUAUUGAUAAAUAUAAGGGGACUCAUCUGUUAAGUUCAUUUAUGAAUGAUUUUACAAGUAUUUUAACAAAGACAAGCACAGAUCCCUUCCCUAAAGUAAAGUUGGAGGCUUGUGAAUGUAUCAUACUGAUAACUAAAAUCUUGCAAAGGGACUUCCAUUUUCAGUCUGAAAGUUAUGUUAAACCAGUUUUAUCAAAUUUUGCCCACCAACAUUUUAGAGUGCGAGUGGCAUCUAUAAGAGCUAUAGGUGCAAUUGUCUUGUCAGGCAAUGCUAAGUGUUUUGAAUUGUCAAUCACACCAAUGGCAGAAAAGCUGUUUGAUGAGAACACUCAAGUUCGUUUGCAAGUCACGUUAGAGGUUGGCAAUUGGAUGCUAGUUUAUAGAGAUCGGUACUCUUUUUGGCAUCGCAUGAUACCACUACUUUUAACAAGCUUAAGUGAUCUGAUGGCAGAUGUAAGGGAAACAGCCACAAAACUUUGGACAGAUAUAGGAUUGCAGUACAUGGAAGAGAAUGAAGAAGACCUAAAAAAAAAGACUGACUUUCUCAAAGAUGUUCCUAGUCAUUAUCCCGAUGUCAAAAGACCCAAUUUGGGAUGUAGGGUGCUUGUGCAGAGCAAUAUUGGCAAAAUUGUACCAGCAAUUGGACGAGAGAUGGAAGGGUGGCAGCCAGAUGCUCGUCUCCGUUCCUCUCAGUUACUUUGCUGGUUAUUGCUUUGUGCUGAAGAGGGUUCCACUCAGCAUGCUAAUACAGUUGUAAGGACAUUGCAUAGAGGCGCCUCAGAUGAUGACCAGAGAGUUAUCCAAGAGAUAAAGCGUGCUUCUGAACUUUUUGGAUACUUCAUAACCCCAGAUACCUGGUGGCCAUUGCUUGAAGCAGAGGUAGAUUCUUGGAGUGCACUUUUCGUGAUUGCUAACAUCCUCAGAGGAUCCCAAAGAGAUUUGGUCAAGGGGAAAGUAAUGAAGGAAUUGUGCAAAGAAAUGGCAGACCCAGAUAGAUGUCGAGUUCGUAAACCAAAGUACCAAAAGAAUCUCUUACAAGUCUGUGAUGCAUUGAUGGAUCUUUGUAAGGACGAUUGUUGUGUUAUCGCAGAAGAUCUUUUCACCAUCAACUUUACAGUAUAUGCUAUGCCUGUAGAUGACAACAUGCAAUUCAUGGCUUUGUCGAACCUAGACAAGUUGCGAAAAAUAGAGAAGUGUAAUAGUCUAACGUCUUUGUACGAAUGUCACAUCCGUCGUGUCCUGUCAGAUAUCACUAGUGACGCCCUGACUUGGACAUUGCUUACACCGGAUAGGUGUUUGUUGGAAUGCAUACUUUUACAAUCAGGUUCUGCAAUGGGAACUCAGUUGCAUCUAAUAGCGCCACUUCUACGUGAAUGUCUCGCUGUACCAAAAGUGGACCCCGAAGUGAAACUAAAAGUAUUCACCGCCUUGUCUAAUGUAUUGCUGCAACGAGAGACAAACUUUAGUAAAUGCGAGCCUGAUAAGUUAGAGGCUUUCUUGAGGAUUGUUAUUCAAGAGAUACUUUUGCCGAACCUAGUUUGGUCUCCGGGCCGCACUGCUGAGGCGGUUCGUACGGCAGCUGUUGCAUGUCUUUGCGCUGCCUUACAAGACAAUGAUAAGGGAGAUGGGGAUAAAAAGGAAGUGAAUCUCUUUCCAACAAAAGAGUCAUUGGAACCUUUUCUUGAGGAGUUAGUUCCUUUGCUAGCUGGAUUAGUGGAUGACAACUCCGCAUUGACAAGGCAACACUCAUUAAGAGCAGUAUGCUCUCUUGCUUCUAGAGCAAAACAGAAGGAUUGCUUCACCGUGGAAAUGUUGCAUAAACUGUAUUUUGUUGCGCUAAAACGCUUAGAUGACAGCAAUGACAAAGUUCGUUCGUUCGCCGUUCAGACACUCUGUACUCUAUUUAAAUGUCGCCCGCAAUUGUACAACAGCGAAGUUUUUAGCGCACAUAUUGAUGCACUGUUCAGUGCCAUGCUUAUACAUUUAGAUGAUACUGAUGAAGCGUUCAGAAAGGAGAUGCUUGAUGCCUUAUUGACCCUCAGUGAUUUAGACCCCUGUUUGCUCAUGAAGAAAGUUAAAACAAAUAUACACCUCUAUAGGAAUAAAGCGGCGUAUGAGAAACUGACUUCGCAUUUAGAAAAGAUUAUUCAAAAAUAG